AUGUACUACGACCCCGCCCCACCCGUCAGGGCCGAUGUCCUGCAGCGUGUGGCGCGUCAGCUGGGAGACGUGGCAGCGGGCAACACGCCCCCGCCCCUGCCGGAAGCUGACGACGACGACGGCGGCGACGGCAGCGGCCUCCUACUGCACCUGGCGGCCACACCGGAGGACGUUAUGCGCGCGUACCCGCCCCCUCCGGCGCAGCUGGCGGUGGAUGACGGGGCCGCAGCGACGCCGGAAAAGCAGCAGCAACGGGAAGAGGACAGGGCGGCGCAGAAGCGGCCGCGAAGUCUUCCUCCCGACUCGCGCCAAGCCACCGCUGCGGAGCGGCAGAGCAAGGACAAGGACGAGAAGGCGUCGUCCCUGUCCUCCUCCUUCACCCCGCACGUGCAGUUUGACCCGUCGUUUGUGCGCACCGACUACUUGGGGCGAUCGUUUCUGCAGCCGCCGCCCUCGCUGCUCGCCGCGCUGGAGUCGCGUGAGCAGGAGUGCCGGCCGCCGCGGCAGAUGAAGGGAGGCUGGGGCAAGCACGCCGCCGGUAUUCAGCAGCUGCAGUGGGUGCCCCCUGUGGGGCAUUUGUUGUUCGCGGCGGACCUAAAGGGCGAGGUGCGCCUCUACGAGGCGAUGGCGUCGCGGAGGUGCAUCGCGACGUUUGUGGCCCACACCCAGCCGGUGAAGUCGCUGGAGGUCACGCCGGACGCCGCCGUCAUGUCCACCGGCUCCGUGGAUGGCACCGUGGCGCUCUGGGACGUCGAGCGCGGGGUCUGCCGCGACGUCCUGACAAACGCGGAGGGGCUGCCGUGUGUGCAGCACCUGCAUCACCCGUUCGACACCGCCGCCCUCAUCCUCGCCGCGCUGGACCGCAAGAUUGUGCUCUACGACGUGCGGGCGAGCGCCCAGAAGUACCAGCGGGAGUACACGGGGCACAUGGGCACCAUCUUCAACCUCAGCCUGCUGAGCGGGGGGAGGAAGCUGCUGACGACGGCGGAGGACAAGACGCUGCGCACGUGGGACUUCCGCGUCCCGGUGCAAAUCAAACAAAUCGCGGAUGUCUCCAUGCACGCCAUCACGCACGUCGUCCACCACCCGACGGAGGACAUGCUGGUGGCCCAGUCGCUGAACAACCAGGCACUCGUCUUCGCCGACAGCGGCGGGGGGCAGGUGAAGCUGCUGCGGCACCGCGUGUUCAGCGGCCACACCAUCUCUGGAACGCGGUGCCAGCUCGCAUUCAGCCCGGACGGCCGAUUCCUGUCGAGUGGCGACAUCCACGGCAAACUCUUCAUAUGGUCGUGGGCCACGUCGGAGCUCGUGCGCUCCUUUCCCGCACACACGCAAACGCUGGCCUCCCACCUGUGGCACCCAACGGAGCCGUCGCGUGUCGUCACCUCGGCGUGGGAUGGGACGAUAAAGAAUUGGGGCUGA